UCUCUUCCGCUCAGAUGUCCUUGUAGCUAUGGAAACUCAUCAGCGGCAGCAUCCUCCAGUUCGUCCACCCCGUCGUCUGGACAGCUAAGCUAAAUUUGUAUGUAAAACAUCGGUUCAAAAUGGCGUUCGGGCGUCAAACGCUUUCCUUGGUGCUCUUCUCAUGGCUGUGCCACAGUACAGCUUUUGCUGUAAUACUCAGAACAACUGAAAAAUCAGUAUGGACAAAUGAAUUUGAGUCGAUUGAGUUGACCUGCUUGAUAGAGUCCAUUUCUACAAACAAUCCCAGAAUUGAAUGGAAGAAAAUUAAAAACGGUGUACCUAGCUAUGUGUAUUUCCAAAAUAAAAUUUCAGGUGACUUGGAGCACAGGGCUUUGCUGAAAGAGCCUGCAAACCUUGUGAUCCUGAACGCCAGCAGAUCGGACACAGCUCAGUAUCGCUGUGAGGUGGCGGCCAUCGACGACCAGAAGCCCUUUGAUGAAAUACUAAUUAGUCUCGCUGUAAGAGUGAAGCCGGUGAUGCCCAGGUGUAGUGUGCCGGAGGCGGUUACAGUGGGUUCAAGCACUGAACUGCGCUGUAUUGAGAACGAAGGCUUUCCACAGUCGCAAUAUCAGUGGUUCAAAAACAGCGAGGAGCUGCCAGAAGACCCAAAAACCAGCAGCAAGUUCUACAAUUCUUCAUACACUAUGAACACUGAGACUGGUUCACUGAAAUUCCGGUCUGUGAAGAAAGAGGAUGCGGGUGAAUAUCAUUGCCAGGCCAGAAAUGAGGCAGGAUGGUCAAAAUGCAAUCCUCAGACCAUGGAAGUGUAUGAUCUAGACAUUGUGGGAAUGUUCCUGAAGGUGUUAGGUGGAGUGGCAGCAUUCAUAUUUGUCGUGGUGGGGAUCUGUCAGAUUCAGAAAAGUGGCUACUGUUCGUGCAAGGAUCACAGGGAAACCAAUUACAAGGUACCCCAACAUGACAACAGGAUGGACUACGCCAGUCCAGAUGAGGGACAUUUCCGCCACAAGUCCUCCUUUGUCAUUUAAACUCCAAGAAGAGGAAAGGAGCACUUCAGCUGUGUGAAGGCUUGCAAGCUGACUUUUGAACUGUCAAAUUGUGGAUUUUACGCAGAGGUGCGACUUGAGCUUCAUGGCUUGCCAAAGUUAUUACAAAAACGAAAACUACUGUGUUAAACAGGGAAUUUUUACUCCCCUUAUUUUGAUUUCAACAGACAGGUUUACUUCAAACUCCACAGUUUGUAUAUAAAAUGACGUUCAGUUGAACAAUACUAAGAUUUAUAGCUAUUACAUGCAUCUUGUUAAGUAAAAAAAUCACGGUUUCAGCAAAUCAAGAAGGACUGAACUUAAGAACCAACAUAAGAGAUGAGUUUGAUGAGUCUUUCCAAAUAAUUGUGAAUUUCUGAAUGUCAGCUGCAGACUUUAAAUUGUAGCAAGGCCGAAAUUGCAUCCAGGUGCUGCUGUAUUUUUGCCCGACACAUAAUACCAGUGCAAGAAUUUACAUGUCUUCAAGGUAAAUAUUAUAUUUCGCACUGGAAAUAUAGUGUGUGACAAUGUGAAAAAACCCUGUCAGUGUAAAUGUGUACAAUGCCAUGCCAAGACUGUUUUAUCUGGGUCACUUUUGACAAGAGGAUUUUAUGUGUUAGUGUUUCAGUAGUAGUUGUUUAGUUGAUAAACUAUAAAUUUGUAGCAUUUUAGUUUGAGAUUUAAUCAAACAUCUCCGUAAAGUCAGUAGACUUGGUUGUGCAAGAUGAUUCAUUUACUUAGUUUUAUUUUUGAAAUACUCCUCUAGAUACAGAUUACGCACUUGUGGUUUUUUCAGAGUGCCAUUUCUGUGUUUAAGUGACCUUCAAUGCUUUAUAAUUGUUUUAUACGUUUUGGACAUAUUGUCCAGGUUUUUUGACUCGGUGUUAUUGUUUUAAUCUAUUUAUAAUAUCUACGUAUAUUGUAGUUCACUCCAGAGUAGUAGCUAGAUAGACUGUGGGCCGUGUCACAAGAAUAAAACUGAUUAUGUGGAAGCAUUUGACAUUGUCUAUCCUUUCAUUUUGUUUUAAUGUAGCUAUGUAAUUGGAGCAUCAAAUUUACUUUGUUGUGGAAUUUAGUUAUUAGCUUGACGUUUGAAAUCAAGAUCAAGAAGUAAACUCGUUAGUUUCAUCUUCCACUUUUUUUAGUCAUUUGACAAUAUAUUAGUCUUCCUCAUGGCAUGUCCCACUGUCUAAAAACAGUUUGACAGACUGUUUAUAGAAAAUGAACAAGAGAGCCCAGGUUCCGUCAUUGUACUUUAUAUGUCACACAGCUGAAUUUAAUCAAAUAUUCUGAUUUAAUGAAUAGGCAAAUCUAAUAGAUAUGCCUAAGAAAAUUGACAGAACAGAACAAAUCCUGUCAGAACUAUGGAAGCCUGUUUCCGCCACUGAAUAAAAAAUGAAGAAAGUUAAUUGUGACUUUUUAUCUCACAAUUCUGACUUUUUUCUUGCAAUUGUGAGUUUAUAUCUCACUAUUUUGAGAAAAAAGUCACAAUUACGAGAUACAAUUCACAUUUGUGUUUAAAAAAAAAAGUUACUUUAUUUCUCGCGAUUGCCAGUUUAUAUCAUGCAAUUCUGAGAAAAAUUUCUCCAAUUUGCAAGAAAAACAGUCAGACUUGCAAGAUACAAACUCGCAUUUGCAAGAAAAAAUCACUUUAUUUAAAAAGUGACUUUAUUUCUCACAAUUGCGAGUUUGUAACGCAACUUGAGUAACGAAAAAAGUUGGAAUUGCAAGAAAAAAAAUUACAGAAUUGCAAGAUAAAAACUCACAAAUGCAAGAAAAAAUUCAGAAUUGCGAGAUACAAAUUUGCAUUUGUGACUUUAUUUUUCACAAUUUUCGUCACGCAAUUUUGAGAUAAAAGUAGGAACUGCAAGAAAAAGAAUCACUUUAUUAAAAGGUGACUUUUUUUCUCGCAAUGACAAGUUUGUCAUGCAAUUUUGAGAAAAAAAGUCAGAAUUGCGAGAUACAAACAAUUCUGAAUAAAAAGUCAUAAUUGCAAGAUAAACUCGUAUUUGCAAGAAAAAAAUCACUUUAUUUAAAAAGUGACUUUCUCGCAGUUUGUAACGCAACUCAAGUAACAGAAAAAGUUGGAAUUGCAAGAAAAAAAUGACAGAAUUGCAAGAUAAAAACUCAAAAUUGCGAGUUAUAAAGUUGCAAAUGCGAGUGUUUUUCACAAUUUUUGUCACGCAAUUUAGAGUUAAAAGUAGGAAUUGCAAGAAAAAAAUCACUUUAUUUAAAAGGUGACUUUAUUUCUCGCAAUUACGAGUUUGUCACGCAAUUUUGAGAAAAAGUCGUAACUGUAAGAUAAAAACUUGCAAGAAAAAAGAUACAAACUUGUAUUUGCGAGAAAAAAAAAGUCACUUUAUUUAAGAGUGACUGUUUCUCGCAAUUACGAGUUUGUCACGCAAUUUUGAGAAAAAAGCCAGAACUUGUGAGAUAAAAACUCACAUUUGUGACUCUCUCGCAAAUACGAAUUUGUCUUGCAAUUCUGACUUUUUUCAGAAUUGCCGCAAAUGCAAGUUUGUAUCUCUCAAUUCUGACUUUGCGAUUUGCGACUUUCUCGCAAUUGCGAGUUUGUCACACAAUUCUGAAAAAAAAGUCAGAAUUGCAAGACAAACUUGCAUUUGCAAGAAAAAAAUCACUUUAUUUAAGGGACUAUUUCUUGCAAUUAUGACUUUGUCAUGCAAUUUUAAUAAAAAAGUCAUAACUGUGAGAUAAAAACUCAGAAUUGUUGGAAAAAAGUCAGAAUUGCGAGAUACAAACUUGCAUUUGCAACUUUCUUGUAAUUGCGAGUUUUUCAUACAAUUCUGAAUAAAAAGUCAGAAUUGCAAGACAAACUCAUAUUUGCGAGGAAAAAACCACUUUAUUUAAGUAACUAUUUCUUGCAAUUAGGAGUUUGUCACGCAAUUUUGAGAAAAAAGUCAGAAUUGCGAGAUACAAACUGAGAUUUGCGAGUUUGUCAUGCAAUUCUGAGAAAAAAGACAGAAUCGCGAGAAAAAUGGCAGAAUUGCAAGACACAAACUUGCAUUUGCAAGAAAUAAAAUCACUUUAUUUAAAAAAGUGACAUUAUUUCUCAAAAUUGCAAGCUUAUAUCACACAAUUCUGAGGGAAAAAAGCCAGAAAUUGUGAGAUUAAAAGUUGCAAUUAUCCUUUUAUUCUUUUUUUAUACAGUGAUGAAAACUGGCUUCCAUACAGAACAGACUGGGGCCAGAUACUGUAUAUUCCAAUAUGUAAACAAAUAUAAAGACAGUAUCUCUUAUCGAAUUAUUCAAAGUGUUUGAUGGCAAAAUAUUUAAUUGUACCCUUUUAUUUAAGGCUCAGUGUUAAACAGUUUUUACCUAUUCAUACUACUGAGCACCAGUUAGUGUGCAGACACAAUCUAAUAAGUGUAGUUAAGCAGUCAAUAAUGAACUCACACUCUUAAAAAUAAAGGUUCUUUAUUGGCAUCUUGAGAUUAUUAUUUAGAUUAAUAAACUUUUUUUUUUUUUUUUUUUUUUU